CUCACCAGCAGCAGCAGCAGAUGUGUUGAGCAACUCAGGUACCCUUCCACAGUGACCCCGGCCCGAUGUUGAGAGCCCCACAUUCUGGAGAAAGCAACAGGAAGCAGAUCCCUGAGGGAUUGAACACAUGCACACUUAUGCACAUGCACACAUUUAGAAUACCACAUUCAACUGUGGAUCUCACACUGAAUGAUCUUGUCUGACUGACUGACUCCGGUAGCAUGGAAGAAGAGGAGGAGCUGACAGAGUCUCAUUGAAUUUAGAAGGGUGCAGAGCCGACUGUCCGCCUGCCGCUGUCCCAUGAUGCAUCUACACAUCUAAGCGCAGGAUCAGCCACACAGAGGACUGUUUCUAUGGAUACCCCUGCCCUGGGUAGUAUUAAUAAGACUCACUGAUAGCCUGACUAUCUGCGUGUGAAAAAAUACAGUGAAAGAUAGGAAGUUCAUCCCUGCAGCAGACUACAGUGUCAAAUAACAUCUUUGGAGCGGAGAAAGACAUCGUAGUCACGUGUCAAGAGGAAAAUCUUGAAGGAAAAAUGUGUUAAUUUUAAAGAUGUACUGUAGAUGCUCUACACUCUUUGUCUUAAACACAUCAGAGGUGGUUUUAAACGUGAUACCUAGUAGAUUGUCAGCUGGUUCAGUGAAAAGGUGAUUUAACAAGAAUCUGCCCACACAGGACCAGAAGAAAGGGUGAAGAAUGCACAAAUACACUUUUUCGGCCUGAAGGAAAUAUCUUCUUCUCAAACUUUGCAAUAGCCUGCUGAGUACAGCUCAAAAUUCUGGAUAAAAUAUUCCUAGAACUAGAACUUUUGUGGGCCCCUGAAACUUCCAACUCACCAAACUAGUUGUGGCACUGCAUUUGGGUCUUGUCUACAGUCCCCAGCAAGAUGUAACAUCAUGUGCAUAAGACAACAACAAAGCACUUUAAUAGAUAUUGUGGGGUCCAUCAAGCUUGAGGUACCUGGAAUCACCUGUCCCCAACACUUCCAGACGGAGCUAUUAUGGCUAGACAGGACACCCGCCUCUUCCUCCACGGUUUUGAACUAAGUGGUCACUAUGUUGACCUUCGACCUCUGGGCACAGGUGUUACAGGUCUGGUCCUCUCAGCUGUGGACGAGCGAAGCAGACAGCGUGUGGCUAUCAAAAAGCUGGUGAUGCGGGAUGCCUUGGCAAUGAAGCACGCUUUGCGGGAGGUCAGAAUCACCCGGCGGCUGCACCAUGAAAAUGUGGUGAGAGUGAAGGAGGUUUUGGCACCAUAUGGACUGCCGCUGCCCAGAGAUCCGACCCAACUGAGCGCGCUGUACAUCGUCCAGGAGUGCAUGGAGACGGAUCUUGCUCGGCUGCUGGAACAAGGACCCCUUCCCACAGGUCACGCUACUCUGCUGUUCUACCAGCUCCUGAGGGGACUGAAGUUCAUCCACUCAGCUAACGUCUUGCACAGAGAUCUGAAGCCUGCCAACAUAUUCAUCAACACGGACCAACUGCUGCUCAAGAUUGGAGACUUUGGGCUUGCCAGGAUAGUUGACCCUCAUUAUUCUCAUAAGGGCUAUCUGUCCAAGGCUCUGGUAACUAAGUGGUAUUGUUCCCCACGUCUGCUCCUGUCCCCCAACAACUAUACCAAGGCCAUCGACAUGUGGGCCGCUGGCUGCAUACUGGCUGAGAUGCUUACUGGACGCAUGCUGUUUGCAGGAGCUCAUGAGCUGGAGCAGAUGCAGCUGAUUCUCAACACAGUGCCGGUGCUGAGAGAGGAGGACAGGCAGGACUUGCUUCAGGUGAUGCCUUCAUAUGUCAGUCAUGAAUGGAGAGUCAAGAAACCCUUUUCUGGAUUGCUGCCUGAAGUGGAUGCUCAGGCUGUUGACCUCCUUGAGCGUAUUUUGACCUUUAACCCCAUGGAUCGGCUGACAGCUGAAGCAGCGCUGUCCCAUCCCUUCUUCCAGCAGUACUCCUGUCCAGAGGAUGAGCCCACCUCAUCACACCCCUUCCGCAUCGAGGACGAACUGGAGGACAGCCUCGUCACCGAGCAGAGCCUUAGCAACAGCGACAGCAACAGUCAGGCCUGCAGCAUCCACUGGGAGAGGUACGAGAACAGUUUAUCAACAGAUGUGUCCUGGCAGCAGUCAGACACAAGGUGUCACUGCAUGCCCCCUGGCCACAUCACCUCCUACCUGGAAGACACUGCAGAGGAGGAGGAGGUGCAGCGAGACCCCCGGGCCAGUUCCACACUGUUAGAGGAGGCACAGGUCGACCCACGCAAAUAUUCCCACAGCAGCUCAGCCGAACGCUUCCUGGAAAACUCUCACUCCUCUCUGGAUCGGGCCUGUGGUUUGGGGUAUGGGGAACUGGACUGUGGCCGCUCCUGUGACUACAAAGUGGGCUCUCCUUCGUAUUUAGAUAAAAUAGCCUGGAGGGAGGGCAAGCCUCAACACUACUCAGAGCCUAAGCUGAUCCUGGAUCUUUCUCACUGGAAGCGUAACACUAAUAGCCUCCCUGUGCCGGCUGAGCCUAUUGGUGACAGCGUGGAGGACCUUGGAGAGAUGAAAGAGGAGGCAGCAAAAGAAGAGGAAGAGGUGGAAACGGGGGAUUUAUUCCAGGAGAUCUCUCGCUGGGUGGAGAGUACCCAGUCUCGCCUGCUCUCGCCCAGUCCAAGUUCCUCUUUGGAGCCACUUUCACCCUCCUGCUACACAUCCUCUCCCCCUCUCCCUCUCUCCCCGACUGACCUUCCAGCUCCAGUCUUCCACUACACCGAAGUUGUGCAGCAAACAUCAGCUGAAUAUGAUGAAGACAGACUGAGCCCACUUCAGCCUGUCACGUCUUCCUUUAACUCCCUUCCCUCACUUCUUCCCUCAUCUCCCUCCUCUCCAUUUCCCCCUCAGUCAUCUCAAACAGUGUCUCCCACCACCUCGCCACUUUUUCCUUCCCCGGAAUCUAAACCCCUUUCCUCUACUUCCUCAAUUUAUCAGCCAGUAAAUGAUGACUCCUUGGAGUCACUUCCUGUCAAGCAGAAAGAGCGGCUGUUCGACCUGGACGUGUUCAUAUCCCGAGCACUGAAACUGUGCAGGCAGAAUAAGGAGAAAGCAGACGGAAAGAAAGGGAAAGAAGGAGGGUGGAGGGAAGAAAGCAAACAGCCAAACAUUAAUCUAAAGGUUCCCAGGCUUCCAGAGCACAGGCCUCCACCCCGGCAGACUCCAAACUCUUGAUGUGGAAUUUCACAGCGUCAUAUGGGUAGCACUUCCAAAUUGUCAAAGUGCUUUACGUAGUGAGGGGUGUCUAUGGUUGAAUAUGCUGCUAAAACAUUAGUGUUAGCAGUCUUUUUGUUACUAUUGCUAUGACACACUACACGCUGUGACUAAAACCUUCACUUUAACAAGCAAUCCUGCUUCUUUGUCAAGAGGUGCUCUCAGGCAAUAAGAGGUCAAAAAGCAUUUGGGUUCAAAAUGAAUAGCUAAGCAUUGCAAAUAUCAAGGGGUUUUCCUGGGAAUAUUUAGAAAUAAUCAGCUUACUAAUGAUUGUGGUAUUUGUGGUUUGCUGUCAGUUGUCAUCUUAAAGAUGACUCCAAGAAGAGUUACCCAGGCUAUUGUGUUCUGGAUGACAGUAACCCAGCGGACAGGGAACACUUGUUUUAAGUUUGCUUUAAAUUUGUGUUUCUAUACAAGAUCCCUUUCUCUGUGUCAGUCAGUCAUUAAUGUUUUCAAAAUGUCAGACAGUCUUCCAAUGGUGAUGUUCACUGAAUAAUGAUAAUCACUUUUUCCAAGCUGAAUGUAUUACCUGAAAAAUAAUCAGUCAAAUUAGACUACGUGGUGAACCGUGCGUAUAGUUGUUUGUUGCUAUUUUAACACUCACAGUGACCUAAUGAGCUAUGUCACUGCUACAUGCCUCGUAAACUUGUAUAAAACUGUCAUAUUUAGUUCUAUAAUAUAUUUCUAAAGACUGUUGUUAAUAUUCUUUCGUCCAAAGUAUUUUUGCUGAAUGCUAGGGCACACUUUUUUGUUUGAAGUGAGUUGUAUUUUGAUUAAAUGUGGAAUGCUCUGUCGUAAUAAUUUAUGCUCUAGUUUAACGGUAAACAGUUUCAAGUUAUGUCUGUCUGAUGCACCAGACAAGGUCAUCAUCUGCUGUACACUUACUGAAAUAUCUAUGUAUGUACCAGACAGCCAGCUAUCUGUUAUUCAUUUUGCUCACUUACUAGCCACAGAAAGCUAAAAUGCAAACAACAGCAGCCUAUAUUUUGGAGAAUGUAUCCUUUACAAGCUUUAUAGGAAAUUCUUUGUACUCAAAACUACUCAGUGCUGCCCAGUCACCACAUUAAUAUUGUAUAUGAAACGGAAAAUAGCAACAACAUAUAUUUUUUAAUACUUUUCUAACCAACAAGGAAGACAGUAGACCCUCAGAAUGUUAUGUAUUCUGCCAUUUGAUGUCUCCCCUCCAAGGUAACAAAAUCAGGUAAAAGAGACAGUCAGAUGUAUGCUAAUCUAAACAGAUGAAGGCUGUUGGCGUGUGCCUCGUACUUUCUCAAUCGAUAACAUCUGACAUUAGCUUCACUCGUCAAACUGAAAAGCUGAUACUGAGCAUAUAUGGAAAUGGUAUUUAAACUAUUCUGCUAAAUUCAUGUUAUUCUGUAACCUAGAAAAAAUAUGUGUCCAUCAUCCCUGGUUUCACUGAUUGACAUGUAAUGCUCUGCUGCGGGUGUACCACAUGUAAACAGUGUGUGGGCUGGUCCGACUAUUAAGAAUGCCAGAGGACUAAUACUGAGAUGCGUAAAACACACUGCCAGCACAGCAACAACAUCACAGAAUAAGACAUGAUUUAUCUGUUCAAUGAUAUUUAGUCAAACAUCUGAUACACAUUCUGAUUAAAGUAACCUCCGAUCAGUUA